AUGAGGGGUUUUAAUUUCGUCAUAUCAAUACUCGCGGCUUCAGGCGCUAUUGCGUUGCCUUGUGAUGUAUGCUCUGAUCUAGGUACUGGAGAUGCCGGUGAGGUACCUGUGGAUAUCACAGUCGGGGACGACGCGAGUGGAUCUGGGGUAGACAACAGUGGAGCAGCAAAAUACAGCAAUCAAUCGACAGGAGGUGGAGCAAGUGCCAUUUGGCAAGUUGGCGCGAAGGGCACUGUGAAAGGCGUCAACUUGGGCGGGUGGCUUCUCCUGGAGUCAUGGAUCACUCCAUCGCUCUUCCCAAGUGGGGACUACGUCGACGAGUAUACCUUCUGCCAGAAGAAUCCCAAUGCUCAGAGUCAGUUGGAAGAUCAUUGGGAGAAGUUCAUCACGGAAAGUGAUUUCAAGCAAAUCAGUGAUGCUGGGUUCAAUCAGGUCCGCAUUGGUGUUGGUUAUUGGUCCUUUCAGAAGCUUGAAGGCGACCCAUACAUCACUGGCGCUGCAGAGUACCUAAAGAAGGCUGUUCAAUGGGCAGCGAAGUACAGCCUAAAAGUCAUCAUCGACCUGCACGGCGCCCCCGGCUCCCAAAACGGGUUUGACAACUCUGGACAGUUCGCGCAAAUGGGCAACUGGACCAAGGAUGGAAACAUUGACCACACAUUGAAGGUCCUCAAGAUUAUUUCAUCAAAAUACGGCAACAACCCUGCAGUGUCAGCCAUCGGACUCCUCAACGAACCCUUCCCAGAGAAGCUCGGAUACAAGGAGUACACAACCACGAAGGUCGUCAACUACCACAACUGCGGCGCCAAAGUCGUCCGAAAAGCAAGCAGCCCCAACACCGCAGUGACGAUCAGCGACGCUUUCGUCAACGCCUUCAAAUGGAAUGACGAAUACGUCCAGACUGGCCCUGGUGCCAACAUCAUCGAUCACCACGACUACCAAGUCUUCGACGUCAACCUGCUCGUCCUCAACCUAACCGCCCAUCUCGCCCAAGUAACCCUCGACAUCGACGCCGCCGUCACAAACUCCACCCACCCCACCAUCAUUGGCGAAUGGAGCGGCGCGCUGACCGACUGCGCCAAAUACCUCAACGGCCGCAACGAGGGCGCGCGGUACGAAGAUAAAUUCAGCGCCGGGCCCGGCAUCAACAUGACCUGUUCCGAGGGCGAGAAUGAUUUUGAGAAGUUCAAGGCCGAUCAGGGGUUGAGGGGUAAUGUGAGCGAAGGUGUUCGCGCAGAAGAGUAA